GUCUUUUUUUUUUCUAACCAGUUUCGUUUCCAGCCUGCCUUUGUCAGAAACGCACAUGACUAAUCACAUGACUUCGCGGAGAUAAAGUUAGCACAAGCAAGUCACGCGCCGCGUAAAGGAGAGCUAAUCCAGAAUGAGGUGCCUGUCUUUGCUGUACCUAGCAUCAGCACUGGCUGUGUGCUGGGCUCGUCCACAUCUACAUCCGCUCUCUCAUGAGAUGGUCAACUAUAUCAACAAGUUUAACAGUACAUGGACAGCUGGACUUAAUUUUGGCAAUGUAGAUUACAGCUAUGUGAAGCAACUGUGUGGAACAAGGCUUAAGGGACCAAAACUCCCAGUCAUGGUUCAGUAUGCUGGAGACAUCAAGCUUCCAGCAAAUUUUGAUCCCAGGGAGCAGUGGCCUAACUGCCCAACUCUAAAAGAAAUCAGAGACCAGGGUUCAUGUGGGUCAUGCUGGGCUUUUGGAGCAGCUGAAGCAAUCUCUGACAGAAUCUGUAUCCAUAGUAAUGGCAAAGUGAGUGUAGAGAUCUCCUCUGAAGACCUGCUGACCUGUUGUUCUGACUGUGGGGAGGGAUGUAAUGGUGGGUACCCUUCUGCUGCUUGGGAAUUCUGGACUAAUCAAGGUCUAGUGACAGGUGGACUGUAUAACUCUCAUAUAGGCUGUCGGCCAUACACUAUUGAGCCCUGUGAGCACCACAUAAAUGGCAGUCGCCCUCCUUGCACAGGGGAGGGUGGAGACACUCCAAAUUGCGAGGAAAAAUGUGAACCUGGCUACAGUCUCUCUUACAUGCAGGACAAGCACUUUGGAAAACAAGCCUACAGAGUUGCUUCUGAUGAGAAGCAGAUAAUGCAAGAGCUCUACAGUAAUGGCCCAGUGGAGGGAGCUUUCACUGUAUAUGAGGACUUUCUUUUGUACAAGUCUGGUGUUUAUAAGCACAUUACUGGUGGUGUACUAGGAGGUCAUGCUAUCAAGAUCCUAGGCUGGGGAGAGGAAAAUGGAACCCCUUACUGGCUGGCUGCCAACUCGUGGAACACCGAUUGGGGUGAUAAUGGUUAUUUCAAGAUCCUGAGAGGUGUGGACCACUGUGGCAUAGAGUCUGAGAUUGUGGCUGGUAUCCCUAAGUAGUUCCUAUACAGGUGGAAAAGAAGUUGAAAAAUGAAAAUCUGAAUUCAGGACAUUCAAAUAUGGCGUGUUAGAACUAAAAAUUAUUUUACAGUUCUUUUUUAAAUUGGAGCAUUUUAUCAUUUCUUCAAGAUUACUUUUUAAAAUUUUUUUAGAUUUUUCAGUUUGCAGUUUAUGGUGAUUUUUUUUUUCUUUCUGUUUUGGAUUAAUAAAUGGGCAUUGUUUUGAUUUUAUAACCAUGUAUUUCUUUUUAAUAAGUGAUUCUGCAGAAGUUUCAAAUAAAAUAUCACAUCCUGUGUUUCUUAAACAAA